AUGCAUCAACUUGGUUCUUACACCACUCGCAGUCUAAGCGUGGAACUGAAUCCAGGCACGCUUGACACUCUGGUAAACAACAAAUACUCGUGGCAGAUGAAUUCAAAUAAUAUUUCUCCUCAGAAUAUCCACCUUCAGUCACUUUUUUGUUUUGAGUUGGAGUUUAGGUGUUCCUGCACAUCUCCUUCAGUUACAAAACGCGUAGAUGGGAAACACACGUCUUAUCAUAUACUACGCAAUCGAACAGAACUCUCAUCGGAGUAUAUCUUUUUUUUUCGGGCGUUUUUUUCUUCAUUCCACCCUCUCAGAAUAACAUAUUUACGUAUAGCAGCUGCGAGAGACGCACGACUUCCCGUGCCCAAGUAUGGGUCGGUAGUACUCGAACGGGUAUUCGAUUUACUGAAUAUACCAUAACAGCAAUCCCGGAUCAAGUGUGCAACCUAAAU